UGCGUGUUCUAGCUUUCUGUGUGCUUAGGUGCCCGAGCUACUGAGGGUCUAAGUCUGGGCAGCCGAAGAGUGUGGUAGGUAACGGUCGUCAGCGCAAGGGUCAUUUCGUCGCUGGGAAGGGACGGCCCUCGCCCGCGGUGAUGGUGGUUAGCAAGAUGAACAAAGAUGCGCAGAUGAGAGCAGCGAUUAACCAAAAGUUAAUAGAGACUGGAGAGAGAGAGCGCCUCAAAGAGUUGCUGAGAGCUAAAUUAAUUGAAUGCGGCUGGAAGGACCAGUUGAAGGCACACUGUAAAGAGGUAAUUAAAGAAAAAGGACUAGAACACGUUACUGUUGAUGACUUGGUGGCUGAAAUCACUCCAAAAGGCAGAGCCCUGGUACCCGACAGUGUAAAGAAGGAGCUCCUACAGAGAAUAAGAACAUUCCUUGCUCAGCAUGCCAGUCUUUAAGGUUGAAUUAGCUUGUGUUGUUCUGUGGUUUUAUUUCUGAAAGUAAAACUUGCCAUAAAUUAGAAAUCAGCUUCCCAAAAUAAAGUCCUUUUUUGUAUGAUGGUAUACAGUUUUCAGUAAUGAUGUAUACACUGUAUUGAUUUUUUCCCUAAAUGUGUUAUUUUAAUAAAUAUCUCAUGAAUGAGUUUGAUGUUUGCUUGGAUUUUGGGAUAAAUGGGACUUUGUCUUUAUUACUGAUUCACUAGGUUUGUUGAGAGGAAAAGACAGCAGUUCAUAUAAGCCAAGUAUUUAUAUGUGUGGUUCUUUGUGGUAACAGUGAAAAGUCAGCAACCUGUCCUGGUUGUCUCCUGUGAUGUAUUCCUCUUUUGAAUCCCCACAGGACUUUGUAGAUUGUAAUACCCCAUCCUGUGUGAUAGUCACUUGUCUUUUUCUUAUUUGUUAUAAUUCUGAGGGUUAGGAUUGGGUCUCACUCAUCACUAUGUGCCUUCCUUAUGCUUCAAAGAAUUACCAUCUAGUGGAAGAGAGAACAUUUGCAAGCUGCCUGCACACCAAGCUCCUCCCACCUCCUCUUCUCGUCUCAACUUUGAAAGCAGAAUCUAAAUUGCAUCUCCCAUACACUGAGGUCAAGAAAGAACGUAAUGGGAAUAAUCUGCACCCAUUAGCUUUACUCUGACAUCAGGAUUGCCAAAUCCAAAGGACUCUUGUCUGUCGUGUGACCUCUGCCGCAAAGUGAGAAUGCUGACCACCCUGCCACUUGGAACUCUUCAUCCCACUCCUCACACUGUUUCUUCCUACCACUGGAAGCUCCUCCUGUUUCUUGUGGAGUACCCUUUGCUGUAUGUGACUUGUGUAAUGUUUCGUAGGGUUCUCUCUGAGCCCUCUUUCUGACUAACUGGAUAUAUUGUCCCUGGGCCAAUCCCAGGAAAUGGGUCUGACCAUGGCUUCAAAUACAUGAUAAACUGUCUCCAAGCCAUACUUCUUGCCUCAAGACCCCAUAUACUCGUGUGUGGACCAGCUUCUGUGGAUAUUCCACAAACACCUCAACCUGACCAUUUUGAAAGUAGUCAUUCUAUUUUCUCCUCAGUAUCUCCCCCUGCUAUACUCCUUACUUGUGGUACCUCCCAGACACAAAUGACCCAAGAUGUUUGUAAAUGCUGUUUGUGAAGGUAAGAGAUGGCACAAGAUUAUUUCUGCAAAGCUGCACAGUGGUGUGCAUGCUGCUGACUAAGGACCCCUUUGAGUCCAGCAAGACUAACCUAAUUAUCUGCCCUCAACCCAGGCCACUGCAGUAGACUCCUCAUCUUUGCUCCAGGUCUGUGCCUCAGCCAAUGUCUCUUCCUCACUUUUGCCUAUGUGGCCUUACUAAAAUUCAAGUCUGAUCAUUUACUCCCCUACUUGAAAUGUCUUUUGAUGAAAUCCAGACUGCAUACUACCUAGGCAUUUCUGAAUCUAAUAUGCUCUUCUGUACUUUAAAAAAAAAUCCCCCUAGUCACUUGGUUAUUUCAUCCUUUCAUACAUUUGAAAAUUCACUGACCUAGAAAGCCAUUCUCUUCUAGUGAUCUCAUUCUUGCUUGCUCUUCAAAGGUCAGCUUGAGAUUUUAAAAUAUUCUGACAGUCUUCUGAUUUAGAUAACCAACCACGUUUUUGUGUGUUUUUUGAGACAGGUUCUCACUGUAUAGUCCAGCUGGCCUUAAACAAACUACGUAGGCCAGGCUAGCCCUGAGCUUGGACCCUCCUGCCUUUGCCUCCUCGGUGCUGGGAUUUCAGGCAUGUACCACCGCGCCUGGCCCAUCACUAUCUAUUUGAAGCAGUUGUAUGUUUCUCUUCAACACCAUCAUUCUUGAACUUUUGCCUGCAUCUCCUAGAAGGGAGGAAAUAUGACUUCUUUGUAUGAUACCCAUUUCUGAAUGAAUGGGAAAGGGAAUGAAUGAAUAAAUGAACAUUACAAGAGCAUGAAAUAUGUUUGUAAUAAAUGGAAAGUAAUGGAGGAAAGGCUUCUCAUUGAUUUUUGGUUCAUGGUUCCAGAACUAAUUUUAUCUUUUUCAUGAGUAUAAAAUUUAAAUGUCUGAGCUAUUCAUGUAAUUAUUUAUGUAGGCUUUAAAGUUUUGGGCCUGAGAUGUUUGUACACACAAACCACCAUCCUACCCAAAGCAAUGUUAAGCUGUCAGUUUCUCCUCUUUAAAAACAGUGUUUGAAAGUAAUGAUGGAAGUGUUCCUUUUGCUCCCCCGUUAUCAAAAAGGCUAUACAGGAAUUGUUAGAAAUAACAUGUUAGCGCUGUACAUGGAAAUAAACCAAAAAUGGCUCUUAGAUAUAGUUUUAAUAGCCCAAGUGACUACAUGAAAAUGUUUUGAAAAUACCUUGAAAUGGGACAAAAAUAGCUGAAUUGAAAGUACUUCGUAAUAAUUUAAAGUAGUAAUUACUAAGAACAUAGAUUUGUGUUUUUGUUUUAAGUUGGUUUGUUUUUAUCUGUUUCUGUGUUGAGACAGGGUCACAUGUAGUCCAGGCUGGCCUGGGACUUACUAUGUAACCGAGGAUAGCCUUGAACUAGACCUCCUGCCUCCACCUCCCAAGUGCUGUGAUGACGGGUGUGUACAACCACACCAAAUCUAAGAAAUAGAUUUAAAUGAUAAUGUUGAAACAACCACCUCAACUGCACCAUUACUUUCAUGUUUCUUUGGCAUCUUAUAAAUGUCUUACAGUAUGCAUCUAGAACCACUGAUAUCUUGCAAAAUAAACUUACUUUGUCAACA